UCCGCUGGAUGGCAGGUAUCAAAUAAAUCGUCAGAUUAAUCUGCACUACCUAUGUAAGGAUUUUUAAAGGCACAUAACUAAAUAAAUAAAUUACAAAAGUAUUUACUCAUGAAGUGAGACUGGACGGAUUUUCAAUCCUCCAUUCGCUGUCAAAAAAGAAAUAUUUAUACUCUUGGGCUAGCUGGGCUCAAUAAAUCUUUUUUUUUGAAAAUCUGACUCUGCCGAGCCUGCAAUCAAGAAGUUGGACACGCGAUUACAGAAACAUGAUGCCCACCCUCUGCAAACUAGCCACCCUACAAAUUACACUCUUCCUACUCGCCACCUAUCACAGCGCGGGUGCUCAAAGCGGCCACAGUCUAAGCACACUUCUAUCUCCGCCUACCUCCGUAUGCGAUGUUGGAUCAUCCGGAAAACGUACAAAAGUUGACAACGAUAAUUCUGCGGUUAUCCUCCUCGACAAAAUUAAAACUAGGGACGACUUUCGCCUAAAUUUGGCUAGCGAUCCAGACGUUAUUCAAUUGGGUCUGGGUCGCGGCGGGAGAUUCGAUUCCGUGCAACCGGUCGUUUCAAAGGACAAAGUAAUUGAGUCCGACCACGCCCCGAACUACUCUAUUUUAGACUAUGCCGAAAAUGUGGACAACCUACCCCCCAAAAUUAAGGAGAUUGUGGAAAAACGAAAACAAUUAAAGGCAGAACUAGUUUCCACCAACCAUGCCACAAACAGUAAGAGAAUAAAGCAAAUCACAAAAAAAAUUGACGCCCUAGAUCUCGAAACUCCGAGUAAACCUCUGCGAAUAAAAAAUUGGGACGCAGACCUAAAAAAGAAAUACAAUAAAAAUAGGACAGCUAUGACAAAUCUUAUCAGAGAAAAUAAGGUUUUGGAAACCCAGAAAUCACACAAUCCUAAAAACGCUGCACAAAUUGAUGCCAAAAUAGCGAGAAAUACGGUACAAGAAAAAGCACUGUUCGCCCGGAACCAGGAAUUAAGGAAACAAGCUGAAUUAAAGGCGAAUGGUCCAACUUCCACGGUUACCGACGCAGUCAAGUCAGCAGAACUCGAGAAAUUAACGGAAGAGCGGAAUUCACUUGUGAAAACCAACAAAGGGCUUAGCAGCGACUUGGAUAAGUUUAAUGAAAACGUUAGGGGUCGCAUGGGGGUGCUCAGUAUUCCUUACGAUGUCCACAGAAAAUUCCCAUCUACCGGAAAAAUCGGGCUUAAUGAUGAAAUCGAAGCUCUCAAAACGGCGACGGUGGACGAGGCGGAGCGUGUAAUGAAAAAGUACUACGACAAGUGGGUGUCCGCUGUAGAGAAUGGGAUUAAGGACAAACACCUCACAGUUUCCGCUCAACACACAAGUCAAACUGCUCACGGCAAGACAAUAUACAACUAUCAAAAAAUUUGGGAAAGUAAUUUUCCAAAAAUUUUAGAACAGUAUACAGAAAUCAAACGGCAAAAAAGCUAAGACAAACACAAAAACGAAACCCGAAUUCGACCGACUACCUACCGAAUUCGACAAAUUUGUUGACACAGUUCGAAAAUCGUACGCCAAGAAAUUUAUGACUGAAGCUAUCUACAUCGUGAAAACACCGUCGAAAGGAUACGACAGGCUCAUGAGUUUAUUCCUCGACGAGUAUCGCACAUUUCUCAAACCGGAUCUUGACCAUUACAAAAUUGGGAUGCAAAACCUCCUCAAAGCAGGCUCUGACUUUGGUUGGAUUGACGACGGAGAGGUAACAAAGUUAAUAAGUGCCCACGAGCUGGAUAAGAUCAGCACAUCCUCAGACCCUAACCUCGCCACGAAACAAAAUGCCUGGAACCGGGUAGAACAAUAUAUUAAAGAAGAGGCCAAAACUAAAUCCAAAUCUUCUGAGUCUCACUCAACCCCAGGAGUGCCUAACGCAUGUACUUCCGGAAAUCGGAGGCGCCGCAGUGCAAAUUCAGAUUGUGUAUUUUUUCUUAAAAAUAAACUCCCUGAGACGGAUGAUGUCAAAAAGAUACCAAUCAGUGACACUGAUGAUAACACAAUCAAGCAAAAUUUAGACAAGGAUGGAGGAAACAAGAAGCCAAUAAUUGUUGACGAUCCCCAAAACCACCCCGUCAAGCCAGUACAUCUUGACUCCAUCGAUAGCAGGAAACUAUCAAACUUGCUCUCCACCACUGACCGAUCUACGGAUGCGGACAGCAUCGAUGCCCGGAAACGGAUCGUCGACUUUGCCACCCAAAACCAGGACAAGCUCGUCGGAACGGAUGUCGAAGUAAAGAAAGCGAAGGCACAAUUGGCCCAAGCCAACCUGGAGUCGCAUAACGAUCAAAAUUCUCUGGCUCGCGGUAUUCUCCACAAUCCGACCCACCUUUCCGCCAAAGUUGUCAGUAAACACGGAAAAGUGAAAGUUGGCAUGACCAAGAUUGCCGCCAAGGUUUCCACCUUGACCUCUGGGACGUCCAAGGUGAGCGGUGCGUACGGUAAAGUAAUGCUGGCAAAAGGUGUCGUGACCUCACUGAGGCACGGAGACGUCCAAAGUCUUGCAAUCAUGGGGGGACGGAUCGGGUUGGAUUAUGCUUUGCAGGGAGUCGAGAAAUUGGGGAGACUCGUCGCAAAAAAAGCAACGACAAAAUUCGCCACAAAGUUGGGAUCUUCCGUCCUGGGGAAAAUGGGGGGACCGGUCGGUGCCUUGGCCGACGUUGGGCUAAAUAUUUGGAGCAUAACAAAAUCCGCCAAAAUUCUGAACGACCCAAAUGCCUCCAAGUUUGAUCAAAACGACGCAAUUGCUGACAUCGUGGUGGAUUCGAUCGAUAUCGCGGUCACCGCCGUUGCGGCGGUUGCAUCGCUAGUCUUCCCCCCGCUUGCGCCCAUCUUUGCUGCCGUCGCUUUUAUCAUUAAUGUCGUGUUGACAGGAUUUCUGGCCUUUUAUAAAGCUGCUAACCACGUGGACCGAAUUAAUUCAGAGUUACCGCUCCUAGAUUACGAGAAAUCGACGGAGUACUGGCGCCACGUUACUUCCAGCGAGACAAGCACCUACAUCCAAGAACUAAUUGAAGAAAAGAGGGCCAACAAUAUCGUCGUAAAUGCGACGAUAGAAUUCCUAAAAAAUAAUACGGAAUAUGUCGGCAAGAUAUUUCCCGCCAGAACGUUCCACAACCCGGCGGGGGAUUGUUUCCUCGAGGAGAAACUUUGCAAUCAUUGGCUUCACUCCAUCCCCGAUUGUUAUGACUGGCAGCGAAAAGCUCAAUGUUAUGGGGCGAACAGACGAUGUUUCGGACCUUACGGCGACAGGAUAUGUCAAGGUGAUUCUCGAACUCAUGGCGUCGUACCCAUUGUUGGACACUCAGUAACUGAAACGCGCUGCAAUUGCGAGAAGGAUCCUCCCCCCGUCUGGCGUCACGAAGUACCUGACAGCACCGUGGAUUUAAGAAUACGGCAAAACGUCUACCAGCAGCGGUCAAGUCCUGACAUUGAACUAGGAAAGGACCACGAAUUCGGGUACAUUUGCAAACCCUCAUCACUAAAGGACGAAGGAGACAGGGUUUCAAAACGUGACGCGACCACGGAUUAUCUCUGCCUGGGUGCGAUUGGAAUUCAAAGAAGUUCUGGGGCGGGAAAGUUUUUGCUAAUUGAUUUGGGCGAAGGUAAAGAUUCAGUCCGUUUAAAUGAGGGGGACAAAACGGACGCCCUUUUUAUCGUUUGGGACGGCACCAAACAAUUCUAUGGCGGUGGUGGGGACGACACUUUCCAUGUGAAUGGCCCAUGUGACAAGUUGACCGGAACUUUGAACGGUACAGGGUACCGGGACCAAGGCAAUACUCUCGUCGUUGACCAAAGUUGUGGGAGAUCACUCCUGACAAUUGAUCUUAUGGACGAAAAACUUUCCGAGAAUGGGUUAUCCUUGAGUAUAACAAAUUUUGAAAAACUGGUGGGCCGCGCUAACAAACCUGACAAUAUUACGGCGUCCUGCGAAACCAAAUUUAUCUCAGGGGGUGGAGGGGGUAGCCACCUCGAACCACAUUUAACUGACUCCAUCACCAUCCCAAAAUGCGGGCCGUCCUUUUCCGCAACAAUUCUAGCCAGCGGAACUACUUUAAUUGAUGCGAGAAGUUUUGCCGAUGGACAUUUGUACCUUGCCGUACAAGAUUUUACAAGAUUUUAUGCGCGAACUCCCACCACAUUUGGGGUCGGGACACUUCUCUCUCAAAUCGAGGGUUCACUUACUACCGCCAAGUUUGUAAGUGAGAGCCAACUCAUGUUCAAGUUUGAGGAAGACCGCGAAGCCAGAUUUUCAUUCGUUGAGACGCAUCAGGAAACUGUGAGUGAACUCGAGUGUUCCUCCAAGGCGCCAAAUACACCACAAUUUGUCAUCGUCGACCCACGAUCACAGUUAAAAUGGAGAAUCGUUUCCAACUUUGAGUCCAAGCUUGUCCAAAUCUUGGUAGAUUUAGAUGCUGCCACUAAAUCAAGAAAUGUCUCAGGUUUCCCCACAAUGUCCAACAUAUUCCGCCUCCUUGGUCCGGGAGCCUUCUCAGUGUACGGGUCACCCCAGCACGACGACCACUUCCACCUUGGUGGGGCCUCAUUUUCGGGAAACAUUGACGGUCGAGGGGGUCAAAAUUCGGUCCUAAUUUCGCCCUCAAUCUCGGGAACUGUUGUCAUUGACUUUUCCCAAGGUCUGAUUACGGGCCAAAACGUUGGGAACGUUACCUUCAAAAAUAUUCACAACAUCGUAGGACGUUCGAAAGAGACGGAACUAGUCACCACAACUUGUGACACGGCUUACGUCGAGAUGGCCGGUGGGACUGACCAAUACCCCGAUGUGGUCACAAUUCCCAGACAAGGCUGUCCCCACAAGUUGCUCGUCAGUGCGAAAGGGAAGUCAAACGUGGUGGUCAUGGAUGGCAAGGAGUCCGACGUAAUAUCAAUUACGGUCGGUUCGCCGGACUCAAAAUGCACGGGAAAUGACGAGGAACGUUUCGACGUUUCAAUUACCACUGGGGAAAAUGUCCUUAGUUCGGAUUAUGCAUCGGUCAAAAUAUAUCGCCAAGUUCAGGAUCUGAUGGUCGCAGAUAGGACCAGACUCCUGUUUUUUGGGGGAAGUAGACUAACCUUUUCCGGAAUACUCCCUUCUGCCCUUGUUUUCCAAGAGGAGAGAGGACACCUUAGCUUCAUCAACCUCCAAAUUGACGACGACACCGAACAAUUGAGCGUGUCGCACGAAUUAAAUUCGACAGAGAAAACAAGAUUGAAACGUGACGGGGCCCCCACUCUCCCCAACAUUUUCAGACUUCAGGCCGGAAACUGGCACGCUAUCGGGGGCGAGCACGACGACCGAUUUAUCUUUGAAAUGACCGGAAGUCACGGAUUCUUCACGGUUGAUGGCAAGGGUGGCAGUAACAGCUUAAUUAUUGGGGAAUCUGUGCUCCCACGUGUCGAAAUGGAUAUGGUUCAAGGGCGGCUGCGCUUCGAGGGCGACAACAAUGACGUGGCGUCGGUGUCCAAGGUGAAUUCUAUAUUUGGCAGGCCUGGCGCCAAGGAAACCAUUAUUGCUGGGUGCAACACCGACUGGAUUUCGCUGGGUGGAGGUGGACAAUUGGAUCAUGAUUUGGUCCAAGUUCCCAGUAUGCGGUGUUCAGACAGGAAACUGACUGUGAUAGCGUCCGGAACCACGGUUUACGAAAGUAGGGCGGAAACCGGAACUUAUCAAUUAUACCUUCAACCCGACCAAAAAAAUAGGUUGCAAUUUGGGGCAGACCUCCUCCUCAGAAAUUCCACAGUGUUCACCAUUUCUGUGCAAAUGUUAUCCUACAAGCUCUCCGAUUAUCGGGUAAUACCAUCCAGGAACAAGGGAAUGUGCAAAAUUGAGCUAUUAUUUCAGGAACGACAAAACCGUGUAAGUUUCAACCUCGAUUUCGGCGGUAUUUCUCCAGAUCACAAGUUUUUGCCUAAUUUCAACGUCAUGUUUACCGAUGCGAAUUACUCUUCGAACGGAAAUGUGCUCGUCGACGUGGAGUCGGGAGACAUCCAAAUUUUGCACAUUUUAGAAAACUCUACAAAACAUAAUGGCACUUUCAGCGUUCGACGUGGCGCGGUCGGUGCGCGGAACGUGUUCCGCAUAAAUUCCGAUAAUUGGGAGGUUCACGGUGGCAAGGCGAACGACGCAUUCGUUCUCAACGAUACUUCCUCCGGGCGAAUAAACGGUCAUGGCGGAGUCAACUCUCUAAUAUUCAUGGAUUCCUAUGCCACGUCCAUCAUAGACGUAAAUCUGCCCAACAAAACGGUCACAUUCGACAACGUUCCAUCCCUUGAGGUCGAAAACAUCCAAAUCGUAAACGGAAGGAAGGGAAAAAGUGACCUCGUAACGACCGCGUGUGACACCAAGUUGGUGGUAACGGAAGGUGGCGAGUCUCCCAAUCGUGGCGAUCUUAUCACCGUUCCGUCCACUUUUUGUCGUCCGGAAGUGACAUUCAUCUUAGAAAAGUUUACAACACUCGAAAAUCUCGCGACGCGAGGUAAUUUCACGUACCAUAUCCGAUCCGUGGAUAAUGUUGAAAUUUCUUAUCACCCGACAAAUGCAACAAUGCAUUCCUUCCGGUUUGAGCUUCCCCUAGCGGACGUGUCGCACGUGGAGAUGAUGAAAAAAGUUGGACAUCUCGAGAUUACGAUGGGGUCCGGAAGUGUGCACCACUUCCCCUUAAAUUUUCACAACAUGCCGACAUUUCACAUUGGUCAAGACGCCCACCUCCUAACGGACCUUGACUUACGGUAUGAAGAUGGCGACAUUACCGCCAUCACCGCGGCAAAGGGACCCUAUUCCGGGGACAUUAUUGGGAUUCGCGGAGCCGGAAAUGACAUCAGUGUAGACACAAGUGCCGACCUGGACACCAUACUUGGCAGGGAGAAAGACGACAACAUAUUUUUAUUCGAUGUCCAAACCGUCUCCGAAAUCGAUGGAGGUUUGGGCCGGAACCAGUUGCAAUUCUUAGAUUCCUUGCACCCUGGUCGCCCCUUGGAAAUUGAUUUACGCGACAAAAUAGGCGCCAUUUACUUUCUGGACGGGCAAAACGAAAACAAUUACGAAAACGAGGAAUUUUUCGUCACGAGUUUACAAAAUAUUGGGGUCGUUCAAGGGCGGGAAUCUUCUUUUGACAAGGUCAUCCUUGGUUGUGGGACCGAGUCGGUGAGCAACGUGGACUUGGUUCUCGUCCAAAGUGUCACUUGUGAACGGUAUCAAGUCACAAUUCAGGUUGGAAUGAGAACCAGGGUUGUCUUCGAGUUGGACGACGAACCGGAAGUGGGGGAAAAUGGUACUACAGAGGAAUCAAAUUCGACAGAAAUUUAUGAUCAGAAGGAAAUUUCGGCAAACAAAAUAAAGCAAGAUAGCACACAAAUUAAAGAAAUUGAUCGCGGUGAGGAUGACACCGAGAUUGACGAAGACGAUGUUAUUGACGAUGCCAUCGACGACAAAGCACCCCUAAAUCCCUCCACCUUCUACUACCAUUUCACCACCGUUAAAACCUUCGACAUUGAAACGACCGAGAUGUCCCGCCUUUGGAGAACGAGACACAUUUUCCUCCUUAAUUUCACACUCUCUGACCUUACCAGCAUCCAAUUCGCCAAUUCCCGCUUAAUCUACACAAUUCAGUCCCGCGAAAAUGUCUCAUUUUCCCACGCCCUCGCCCCACCCGACCCCACCGAGAUGUUUCACUUUCGACCAGAAUUUACCACGGGGGACGGUUUCCUCAUCCGGAUCACCAGAUAUGGCGAAAUUAUCAUCAGUUUCGGAAAUCUGCGGGAAUACUUGGAAUUAGAAAUUGUGCAAAAUCGUUUGAUCCCAACACUCACCAAAUUUGCGGAAAGUCUCGGCGUUUCCUUCAUCAUUGAGACUGGGACUGACUUCAUCUAUUCCGGAAAUGAGAGAGAGGUCAACAUCCUCACAAAUCGGGCCGAUUUGAGAAGCCAUCUCGUCGGCUUUAACCAGACCACCUACGUCAUCUUUGACCUUGUCAGGAACACCUACAUUUACCCCAUGAACGUGAAAGAAGGCUCCCUCCACGUGGUCGACCUAUCCGAAAUGGUAGUCAAAAUUAGAAACGUUUCCGGUACGAAGUACGUCCCAUCGGUGCAGCAAGUCGGGACAGAUUUGGUAAUUAUAAUGUCUGGGUAUGAAGACCAAUAUCCCGCCAGAAUUAUCAUAGUCAACGGAACUGUGACCUCGAAAUACACACGCGUCCUGUUAAAUUCCAUUGUGAUGGACAUACUUCCGGUCCAGGAAUUAUUUGUCGCGGGUACCGAUGUUUCAAGGAGAAAAAGAGAUGUAGUUGAUACUAAAAAUUUAUGGGAAUUAGUCCCACGACCCAUCGAAAUCCCUGCAGGCUUCGUGUACCUCCUCGCAGCCGAGGAUAUGGAGGAUGGCGUCGUAAUUAGAGAGGAAGGCAAAACCGGAAUCGGAAUUAAUUCCAGUUUCCAAAACUUUGACUACUCUCGCGACAAGAAUGACUUGUUGGUCACAAAUAUCGGAGGGAUCGAAGGGACCGAGGGGGACGUGGAAGCCACGACUUUCAUCAUUUACGACUACUUUGACCAAAACUCUGGCAAGGUUAUCAACAGCGCAAAGAUUAACUUGGGGCAAACCACGGCGCUAGUGAGCGCUGAGAGGGGAGCACCAGUCGAUUUUGAUACCAACGCAAAAAUCCCGAUCUUAUAUUAUGCCGAUAUUUUAGAAACCUAUGAGGAUCGAGUUUUGCAAGAUUUUCCGGAAAUUGAGAAAAAAUUUGAGGUAGGGCUGGUCACAAAGUUGGAGAGGAGUGGGUUGUUGGCCCCGCUAUUUUGGGGGUGUGUGGGUAGCCUGGUUAUUUUGGUGGGGGUCUUGGUGAUGGCGUUUUUGAAGAAAAAAUCUGCCACUGGUAAGUAUCCGGUGUCAAGUGGAACACGGGAGAAGGAAGGGGUUCCUUUAGUGGAAAUGCAAAAAAUGGGGAAAGAACCAGUCUUUGUUAAAAUUGAGGACAAGAAAUUGCUUGAUUGAACAAAUUUCGAAUUUUAUUUAUUUCUUGUUAAAUGGAAAACGGUUGCUGAGAAUUUUAUUAUUUUAUUAAGUGUAAAUUUACUGACUUCUCAAAAAAAAAUUUAAUUAGGUAGGACUAAAAUAAUAAGAAUACAAUAACGUGGGUUACUUCACUCCUUGGUAACUUGCGCCAAUGUUAUAAUAUAACCAUGUAUUAUGUAUUACAUAGUACGUACAUUAUCAACAUAAAUUUUGUAUUAUUAUUCUACUAUUAUUAUUAUUUUGUAAAUAAAACCUUUGUCAUUCACAUAAAUUCUAGACAUUUUGGUGAUAAUAACAC